CUCCAUCACUAAACCCUCCACCACCCAAACUACAAACAACAUCCCCUAUACUAACAAAAUGGACACCGACGACCUCGACUCCGAAAUCUCCUCCAUCCGCGCAGAAAUCCGCACCCUCCAACACCGCCGUCGCAUCCUAACAAGCAGUCUCCUCUCCUCGCGCGCACUGCAACGCCUCUCCAAAUCCCAACCACCAACCCUCACCUCCCAACAACAACCACAUCAACAAUGGACCGACAUCUCCCCCCUAAUCCAAAGCACCUCGACGCACGCGCAAACAAACCACCACCGCAUCGCCUUCUCCACAACCACCUUCCCCUUCACUGACCCCUCACCCACAUCCGAAUAUCCCAACCUCCUCGGCAUCCGAAUAGACAUUUGCGCGCGCGACGGAACAUACACGAAACCAUACUACAUUCUCCUCCGACGGUUAUCCCCCAAGACACCCCAAGAAGGAGGGAAGAGAGAAGUGCGCGUACAUAAACAUACCGUUCCGGCGGUGGUGGAUAUGAGGAAAUUAGAGAGGGUGUUUUUACCGGCUUCAACCGCUCUGAAUACUUCCCAGGAUGGGGAAGACGCGAUGAUGGACGAGGAUCAGGAACAGGAGCGACAGCUCAAACCAUGGAAACAUGAGACGCGCAAACAGGAUCUCAAGUCCUUUGUACGGGAAGUGCGCAAGCAGCUAGUCGUGUGGCAUCUACGGUGUGAUGCGGUGCGCUAUCUGCGAGAAAGAUUGGGUGUUGUGAGACGCGGGGUGAAUGAUGAUGAUGCUAUCUAUGAGGAUGAUGAGAGGCCGUGGGAAAGGGAUAUUCUUGGACCUAAUGCUUCUACGACGGCUGCGACGGGGGGUAGUGGUGCUGGGGAGGAAACGCGCAUAGCGAAGAAUGAGUUGGGGAUUGUCUCGUUGGCGCCGACGGCGUUGGAGGCGGUUUAUGUGCGGAUGGAGUGGGAGGAUGGGCGCGUGGGGAGAUUCAAGAUUUCUAAUACGGGUGUGGUGGAACGGGCGGUCGUGAUUGGGGAUAGUGGGAGAGAUAAGCAGACUGAGGGGGUUAUUACGGGCGGGGAUGGGAGGGUUGAGACGUUGUUGGAGAGGUUG